CUACCGGAGCUACAUGCACUAUUAGUAAACGGUUGCGCCAUUUUCUUUACACAGUGAACGAUCUGGUUUAUACCAAAGACUUCAGAACAUUUCUCAUAGUCUGCUAUCAUAAGGUGUCUUUCUUGAUUAUAUCCGCAGUUUACAUCGAUUCUGCAUUUCGCGUCAGUACUUCGCAACUUGUGAUGGAUGACAGUUUGGAUGACAUUUUGACUGACUUAUUUCUGGUGAGAUUGUCAAAAAAGAUUUCGAUUGUGAAUGUCACCGCAGUCGACUUCAGCACAUACCUGGGAUUCACCGCAGCCGAGGGCCAAGCUGCAGCGAUGGGGGCCAUUAACAGUAUGAAUCCAAGUAGCUCAUACAAUACUCUCUUGUCCAAGUUUGUUUUGAGACAUGGACGGAAGAGUGAAAGUGCCCAGAAUCUAAGAAAGAGAUUUCUAAAGAAUGGAUUGGGGGACUAUGCUAAUGACAUCAAAGCAGAAUUAGAGAAGUUUAUAACUCUUGUCCCGUCAGACGCAGAAACCCUCAAUGACUCACCUAUAUCCCUCCCGAGCCCUCCUUGUGGCACACCAGGUGAGGGAGCAGAGGCCGCUGGUGGAACUAAGACUGGUGCAAAGACGAAGACACCGUGUAAGGUUCCAGCUAACAAGCCUGAUGAGGGUACUGACGAGAAAAUGGAAACAUGAACGUUCAUACUUUUGUAAUUUUUCAUUCACUUUUUUUUUACAUAGUGUAGAUAACUUCAUUCAUAGUAGGAAACUCUCUUUCACUUUCCCUUCCCAAAUCUAACAAUUAAGAAACAAAAAGAUAAUAUGAUGUCGUGAAAUCCAAUCACCUUAGCUAAUAACAAUGCUAUUUUACGUAGUCACACGGUUACAGGGAGAAAUUUUUCUGCGCGACUUUGUAUUUGUUUGAGGCAAUAACUAUUCAUGCUUGUCAUCUAGAUAUUAGUAAAUAAAUUGUUGGUAUUUUUUUCUGUGCAUAUUCCGUUUUUUCUAUUUAAAAAAAAUCCAUCAAAUGUUGUCGGAUACUCCGUCCUCUCCUCUCGAAGCCUGGGCCGGUAUUCAAUUCAAUACUUAGCAUAAUUAAAUGGCUAAGUUAAGUAAUUUACUUAUCUAGUAUUAAUAAAUGCGCGCUGAUAUAAUUGUGCGCAGGUUAUAAUACUGCGUAAGAAAAUCAAGGCCUCCAAAUAAUUGGCUUAAGUCUGGUAAGGAGUUGACUUAAAUAUAGGGUAAAAUACUUAGCCAAAAGUUUGAAUUAAAUACCAGAAUUGGCUAAGUAUUUUAUCUAAGCCUAAUACUAGAUAAAAAGCUUAAAUUCUGUACUUAAGUAUUGAAUUGAAUACGGGCCCUGGUGUAUAUAUAUGGCAUUUGAAUGUUUUUAGUUCAACGUUUUCCUUUUUAAAAUUAUGUCACAUUUAUUGUUUUCAAUCUGAUAAUGAAGUAGGCCUUUUGAAAAAUUAAAAUAAUUAUAUAAAAAAUAAUUUCUCCAUUGCUGCUUAUAAGCAGCAAUGGAGAAAUUAUUUUCAAUCAAAAGUUUUCAUGACUCUAGAACAGUACUGUAAGCUUUGGAUCUGUAGUGCUUUUGCGUUUUAACCACAAUAAUGCACAGAACGUGUGUAAAACAUCUGUGGAUAUUUGUGGAUCAUUAAAUGCUAUCUCCAAAGUGUCUUUUUAUGACCGUGGUCCACACUUUUUGUGUGUGAUUAGACGUAGAGAGCAACCUACAUUGAUGGCUUAUUGUCUCCAUUGCAUGAUUACAUGGAUCACAUCUGUAUUCAUUCUGUCAGGAUCUGUACGGCUUUAUAUACUAAAACCAAAUCAUGAUCGAACAUUAUUAAUUUCAAGGUGAUUUGAAAUCAAUGACUCUAAUCACCCCCUCCAUUUAAUCCAUACCUUUUUGGCGUUUUUGUGUUUUUACAAAAACCAAUACGAGUAUCGACGAUUGGACGGGUAAACCUGCUAGCCCAACAUCCGCACCAAUGAAACGGCCUACUGCAGUAAGCCCCCAGAUUCGAAACAUUGUUUAACUCGCAUGUUUGUUACACGGCAUUUCCUGACAAUUUUCGACAUAGUUUGCAAUUAAUAAAUAGUAAGAUUAUUAACUAACUUGAAGAUAUAUAAUAAUGGACAAGCUAAUCAAAAUGUAUUUUUAAAAAUGAAAUAGAUUAAAGUAAUGAAGUGUAACAAGCAAAAUAGUACAGGCAAAGAUUUUCAAACAUCCAACAUAUUUUUUUUUCAGCAGUAUUAACAAAACGGAAUGCUACAAGGGAAUGGGGCUAAUGCAGAUCCUUGUUGUAAUGUUGUGUUGUUGCUAUGAUCAUAGGCUCCAAAUUCCGUACAUUUGAUCGGUUUAGGGUAUAUGUCUGCCCAAAUUGAAAAGCUUUGGAGCCGGAGUACAUUCUUUUUGUCAUUGCUAAACCAGUCUUUACCCAUGUCAUUCAGACGUAGUUCAUUUAUUUAUGUGCUUUACAGUGUAAAAAACACAAAAACAUGUAGUCAUCUGUAGAAAUUAAAUUUGAGAAUUUACAUAA